UUAUUUAAAACUAGAUAGUGUAUUUCCAUUACUGUGAAGAGUAAACUUGACCAAACAGUAGAGUUAAAGAUGAGAGUCAAAUUCUGUGUACAUGCAGUGAAAACAUUUACUCUACAGCGUGAUGAAUUCCCUCAACGAUUCCCUUCCAAUAUUCCCGCCACUGUUUCUGAAGUUUUGUAACCUGCACCACGUCAGAAACUGCUCCGACUGGAGAAAGACGCCGUUUGAAAAUGCUGCUGCGUGUUUCGUUUGGUGGAGAGCAGAAGUACAUAAAGCUGCCUGAAGUAACAUUUGGUGAUUUCUUGAGAGAAGUGAGUAUUAAAUUUAACAUCGAUGAAGAUAGACGGUUGGACAUCAAGAUCCAUGACCAGUCCAACACAGAGGUCGACGCUGAGGUUUUUGAGGAGGUCGUUAAAGAGUCUCAAGGACCUUUCCUUGUUUCAUUGGCCAAUGAAGCACCUGGUAACCCUCAGUCCACGUCAUCUCCACGCUCUACUGCAUCUGAAGACACAGUGAUCCUCAACUUCUCUUUGUGUGACCCAGCUGAGGAACCAGUUGCAGCCGGAGGAAGUCAACCUAAAAGGCCUUGCCGCAUCAACUAUGAAGCAAAAGCUCUAAUUGAAAAAAUCUUGACGACAAAGCCUGGAGGUGACCGUAUCAUGGAGGAGUAUGCAAAAACAAAAUCCAUUACAGAUUCAACCAGAAGACAGCUAAUCAACAUACUUACCGCAGAGAUGACAGAAAAACAUGGGACAUCUCCGCCCCGGAGUGUGAGAGUGAUGUAUGCACAGGGGAUUGUCGCUCUGUUUCCAUAUCUUGAAGACCCAUCUUCACAGAAUGGCUAUGAUCAUUACUACGAUCCUGAAAGGGGUUCAGGAUACCUUGCAUGGCGGUUGAAGACUAUUCAAAGAAAAGCUGCAGAGGAAAGAGGUCCAGCAGUUAGUAGAUCUCCUAAAGUUGGUGGUCCAGGCCAUGGGCGUACUAGACCCUUUACUGCCGACCAAGUCCUGACUGACGAGGAAGUGGAAUCCGCUAUCGCUGUGUUGAGACACACUGCUGAUGAGUACACCAUCCGUGAGAAGAUGAAAGUCACUUUCAGUUAUCGCCAUGCCAUGGUCAAUGAUAAUGACAAAUCAGCAGAGGUCUUCUCAGUAUUUCCACGGUUCCUGGACACACCAGGACUGAUAGAACAGGAUUUCAGACUUAUGUUUGGUGAGCAGACUGCCAACAAUUUCCUGGAGAGGUGGCCUACCACUUUCAAAGCAAAAGUAAUUAAGGAAAGCCAUGGACUGGUCCCCUCCACAGACCUUCUUGAUUUGAUGCGCAACGCUGAGACAUCUACUGAAGUCGAAAAUGGCUGGGACAGUGACAUGUCAACCAUCAUACUGCUGCUACAUCUGCUACCGCCAUCCGCACAGGGACGAAAGAGGCCAGGGAAGAUCUCAGCAUCUCAUGCAGUAGAUCACCUCAUCAAAUUCCAAAAGACGGGAACAAGCGUGCAGCAGCAUCUUGACACCAUAAGUCAAAGCAGUCAGCCCUACCUCCUUGCUCAGGGACCCACAAAAAGCAGCAUUACCUCCUUCUUCAUUGCUAUCGACAAGCAUGCACUUCCAUGCAAAGCAACCAGCGCAGUCGGAGCCCUGGAUGAACUCUUUAAGGCCCACUACGUCUUUUGUACAUCUUACAGUCCUGUGUUGAAUAAUUUCUUCACUUUUUUGCAAACCACCAUUUACAGCAUUGAUGUGGGGGAAACGAAGGAAACGCCAAGAAUCGCAGAGUUGCGAGUGCGAAUGGUGCGUUAAACAAUGAGGUGCUUUCUUUGCAGCAAAGAACUUGGUGAGGCAAAAAAUCUUAUAAAGCACCUCAAAGUUAUACAUGGACUCUGUACAGGAAAGACUCUUCAUCUUAAAUGUGGCGAAGUGGGAUGCUCACGUUUUUUUAAUAGUUUUUCGGGUUUUAGGAAGCAUCUUAACAAGUCCCAUGUGAAUAGUGGUUUUAAUGUUGUUGUUGAAACUGAACCACCACGUUGUCAAAGUGUUCUAAAUAGUGAUGAAAGUCCUGCAGAAGAGCCAUAUGAGGCUGAGGUUGAGUCAGAGCAAGCGUUAUCCUCAGAACAUCUUGUAAAUA